AUAAUAUUCGCAUCCUGGCACGAGCAGUGCCUCCUUAAAUCCAUUCAAUGCCCCUUAGAAUUGUUGUUGAUCGGGUUUGCAUCGCACACUACGCCGUGGAAUGUUUUUUUUUUUUUUCUCUCCCUCUUACAUAAUAUAGAACGACGACGGCCCUGAAGAUCCUAAAGGAGAACAAAUGGAUCUACGAGAGCUGCAUAUGGAAAAGAAAAGUCAAAGUUUAUAUGUUACAUUCUCUGCCGGAUUGGUUUACUUUACACCCAUAUGUUUUAAUAACCCUCUACACAUAUCCUUCUCAUGGAAAGAGAUGAUGAAUGAUGCGUCACGCCCUUUGUUUUCUCUCCGCCAGCUUUUUUCUCUCCAUACCUUUUUCACUUUUUCGUUCUUUCCUUCUCCCUCCUCCCCGUCCAUCUUUCUUGAUCUACAUCCAGCUGUUCAGAGUACAAAUGGAUUUCUCAUGGUUAGGAACAUGAUUUUCCAUUUCUCUCCCCCAUCACCUCACCCAUUCUUGUGACAUUAUUUACGACUUGUAUAAUCUACUUGAAUACAGUGCCUUGUAUCAAACAGAGGGUUUGUUAAUAUAUAUAUAUUAUGACCAAAUCCACAGCUAACUCUAAAGCCUG